UUUAACAACAUGGCGGAGCCUGUCACCUCAGCGGCAUCGCCGGGCUGUGCGGGCCGGAGGAGCGGGGACUCUGCCGAGAAAGACAUGACGGAGCCGGCGGGAGACGACGCGGAGCCGCUCGAGCGCCUGGUGGAGCUGGGAGCCCCGGAGGAGGAGGAGGAGGAGGAGGAGGACGCGGAGCUGGUGGCCGAGGCGGAGGCCGUGGCCGCCGGCUGGAUGCUCGACUUCCUCUGCCUGUCUCUGUGCCGGGCCUUCCGCGAUGGCCGCUCCGAGGACUUCCGCAGGACUCGCGACAGCGCCGAGGCUAUUAUUCAUGGACUACCCAGUCUUACAGCUCACCAACUGAGAACUGUAUAUAUAUGUCAAUUUCUGGCAAGAAUUGCAGCAGGAAAAUCCCUUGAUGCACAAUUUGAAAGUGAUGAGCGCAUUACACCCUUGGAAUCAGCCCUGAUGAUUUGGGACUCAAUUGAAAAGGAACAUGACAAACUUCAUGAGGAAAUACGGAACUUAAUUAAAAUUCAGGCUGUAGCUGUUUGUAUGGAAAAUGGCAGUUUUAAGGAAGCAGAAGAAGUGUUUGAAAGGAUACUGGGUGAUCCAGAAUCUCACACGCCUUUAGAAAGGAAAUUACUUGUGGUACUCUCUCAGAAAGACACAUUCCACUCCUUUUUUCAACGCUUCAGCUAUAACCACAUGAUGGAGAAAAUUAAGAGUUAUGUGAAUCAUGUGCUAAAUGAAAAAUCAUCAACAUUUCUAAUGAAGGCAGCAACAAAAGUAGUGGAAAAUGAAAAAGCAAAGAGACUAGCUUCCCGUGAUAAGCCAAGUGCUGCUAAUACUGAAGUUGACGUUAAUUUGAAUAAAGGAAAAUGUGUUAAUGGCCAACAGUCUACAGAAACAGAAUCCUUAGUGGAUACAGAAUCCUUAAUAAGGUCUCACAAGAAUGUCUUGUCUAAGCUGAAACACGGCAGCAGUCAACCAGAUUUCAAUAAUAAAGAAGCAAGAAUGACAGCUAUUCAAAGUGAGAUAACAACAAAAAGAAAUGUAAGAACGGCUGGAAGCAGUACAUUAUGUAUGUCAAAGAAUCAGCCAGACAUUAAUGGACAACACAAGCGUAAGAAAAAACAGGCAUGGCUUUGGGAAGAGGACAGAGUUUUGAAGUGUGGUGUAAGAAAAUAUGGAGAG